CUUUCUUUCACCUCCCAUUAUCCACCAGGUCCCAACCCUACAACCACGAGUCGACAACCGAAAAGAAGCAUAAGGGAAGAAAGAAGGAAAUUGGUAAAAUGUCUCUCAAAGAAUCUGAAGAGAUCACCGGCCAGAGUGCCCUUCCUAUCGCACGGAUUAAGAAAAUCAUCCAGCUUGACGAUGAUAUCGUGCAAUGCUCGAGUAAUGCCACUUUUGUAAUUGCUAUGGCUACUGAACAAUUCAUCCAACACCUCACAACCCAAGCCCACAACGUCGUCAAAUCCGAGCGCAAGCCCCGCAAAGGCAUCCAAUACAAAGACCUCGCAACGGCAGUCUCCCGCAUCGACAACCUCGAGUUCCUCUCCGACGUUAUCCCCAAGACAACCACCUACAAGCAGUUUAAGGAGAAGCGCGGUCGUGAUUCAACCGCUACUGGUCCCAGCACUGAUAUCGAGAAGGGGCAGCGCACGCUUAAUGGGGCUGCUGGGGAUCGACAAUCGACGCUCGAUGACGCUGCGCUGGAGGAGGAGCUGGAGCGGGAUCAGGCUGGGGAGGGUAAUGAGGAGAGCAGUCCGCGCGCACCGGUUGUGAUGCAUGCUUCUGGGGCAGUUAGCACGUUGGUUGUCGAUCGGGGGGUGGAGGGGAGGCAGAAGAAGAGGCAGAGUGGGGGUGGGGAUGAGGAUGUUGAGAUGGUUUCCUUCUAUUCAUAA